CUUCAUCUUUAACGAUGACUAGAGGUGCUUCGCACAUCGCUAGUAAAUCACAGUUACCGUGAAGAUAUCCGACUGAUGAGGGCCAGCAACACUGCUGGCACUCAUGGUCAUUUUGGGCUACUGGCCUACCCCCUGCAGCGCCAACCUCCCGUUCUGAUCCCGUGUAGUACACUCAACAUUCCUACCCCCCCCCCCAAUCAGCUCUUCUACCCAAACGGUGUAUUACAUCACGCGCGGAUACCCAAACCCCUAGUACAGCAUUACUCGUGCAUGGGCCUGUAAGUUCCACUGCUUGUGGUUGGGUAUAGCAGCAAACAUUUUGCGCAUCGUCUUUUAACAUCAAACGGCACUAACAAUCCCACUUGGUGGACAUUGUCAC